CUGGACGAGAAGUCAACCUGGCGCUUUUGUCAGUCGGAGAAAUUUAUACUUGUCGACCACAAUUUCAACUUCCAAUUUCACUCCCCUUUCGCUCUCUCCCUCUCUCUCCCUCUCUCUCCCCUUCGAUCAUCACUUCCCUAUUACCACAAGCAACUGCAAGGGUUUUAUCGUUUGAAGAAGAUCGAAUCAACCCAACGACCACAGCCAGGUGAAAGUGGUAUCAUAAACAAACUUUUCAAAGCCGGCCAACACAGGUAUGGAUCAGCGUGGGCGCGGGCAGCCUUCUGCAGCAGCUGAGGUUGGAAGUAGGGCUCCAGUUCCAUACGGCAUAUCAGCAUAUCAAUCUAACCAGAUGGGGCCUUCUGCCACGGGACCACUUCAAUCUGCUGCUCAGCCGUCAGGUGGCACUGCAUCUCAGGCGCAGCUUGCUCAGCACCAACUUGCUUAUCAGCAUAUCCACCAGCAACAGCAAGAACAACUACAGCAGCAACUCCAGACUUUUUGGACAAAUCAAUACCAAGAAAUUGAGCAGACAACUGAUUUUAAGAAUCACAGUCUGCCAUUAGCUAGGAUUAAGAAGAUUAUGAAGGCAGAUGAAGAUGUAAGAAUGAUAUCAGCUGAAGCUCCAGUCAUAUUUGCGAGAGCCUGUGAGAUGUUCAUUCUGGAAUUGACGUUGCGGUCUUGGAAUCAUACAGAGGAGAACAAAAGGAGGACACUGCAAAAAAAUGAUAUUGCUGCAGCAAUUACAAGGACAGAAAUUUUUGAUUUUCUAGUUGAUAUUGUGCCAAGGGAGGAUUUGAAAGAUGAAGUGCUAGCAUCAGUCCCAAGAGGAAGUCUUCCAGUUGCAGGCCCAGCUGAAGCUAUGCCUUACUAUUACAUGUCACCUCAGUUCGCACCACAGAUCACUGCUCCAGGGAAGAGUGUUGGUCAGCCUGUGGUGGAUCAGAAUCUCUAUGUCCAACAUGCUCGGCCUUAUGUUACACAUCCAAUUUGGCCACAGCAACAACAGCAGCCGCCUGCAGACUCUUGAGCCAACAGUAGAGGUGCAGUAGUAAAAACACCUGAGUAGAAUGGGAGCAAAUUGAUUGUCAUAGAUUCUACUUGGAAGUUUUAAAGCUUAAUUACUCGUUUUUAUGGAAGUUACAGCAUGCAUCAGGUUGGUCCUAAUAGGUUGGGUGUUUUCUUUUGUCAAGUUACAUGGCCAAGAAUAUGGGUUCGGCUGUUGUAGAUAAUUUUAUGGGUUGUAAAAAUAGGACUUCGCAGCUCCUUGUAUGUUAUUAGUUUAUUUUAUGAAACUCAUCUCUGCUUCUCAUACCUUGUUAUGAAUUGAAACGGGAUACUGCCCUAGUUCCA